AUGAAUAAAUUGAAUGAAUCAGUUGAAACAAUAAUAGAACAAUAUCCAUCAUCUAUUCGUGAUUUUUCAUCUCAAUAUGGAUCAAAUAGUGCUCGAAGUUAUGCCGUUGGAAAUAUAUGUAAACGUCCAGAAAUCUAUCCUUUAUAUGGAGAUUCUACACAGGCAUUGGUUUUUCGUACAUAUGGUCCAUGGUGGAUAAAUAUGCCAUCAGACAAAGAAAUAAAAAAAAAUUUUCAACGUUGGGAGAAUGAAUUUACUAGUCGAGAUUUUAUUGAUAUUGAAUAUUCAAAUUUAGUUUAUCCAUGUACAAGUUUAAAUAUUUAUGAAACAUAUAAUCCAGGUUCACUUGAGGUUGUUUAUGUUGGAAAAGAAAAUAAUAAUGGAGAUAUUACAUGGCAUCGAAUAUGGAAAUUUCCUGAGCCAUUUAGUAUUAUUUUAAGAAAUGAUGAAGAAAUUCUUAUUGAAAAUGGUAAGAAUUUCUAA